AUGUUGGAUGAGAGGACUCUCCACAUUACCUAUGAAAGAAAUGAAGAUGAUGACAUUGAUGUUGUAAUUACUGAAUUCAACCUUCCCGAAGCUGUGGAGGUACCCUAUGACAGUCAGAAUGCUACCAUUGUUCCUCUCAAAAUUCAUAUGCCAAAGCCAUUUCCUUAUGAUUCUAGUACUAUUGUUCCUUGGAAGUAUAAUGCUACAAUAAUGGCUGGGAGAGAAGAAGUUAAGCCUGGUCCUAUGCUGACUGUUGUAAAUAUUACUGAUGUGAGUUGUAUGACUCGAAAUGGUAAUUUGUUUGCUCAAAAUCCUCCUUACAAGGAAAAUCCAAGAAAUGAUAAUUUCUCUGCACAAGUUCCCCCUCUAAAGGAUAUGCAUAGGAAAAAUCUUGGUAAAGAACCUGUGACUGUGGUUGAUCAACUCCUUCAGACACAAUCAAAGAUAUCUCUAUUGUCUUUACUGAUAAACUCCAAGGCUCACCAAAAUGCCCUAAUUAAGAUUUUGAACCAAACCUAUGUUGAGCAUGAUGUGACCCUUGUGCAAAUUGACAAUGUUGUUUCCAAUAUCACCAUCAAUAAUGUGCUGAGCUUUAGCAAAGAAGAGAUUCCUCCGGAAGGUAGAGAGCACAACCAUUCUCUGCAUAUAUCCAUGAAAUAUGGAGAGUACACCUUGACAAAUGUACUGGUUGAUAUUGGGUCCUCCGUGAAUGUUAUGCCAAAGAGCACCUUAGAUAGGUUGUCUUAUUAUGGGGCACCUAUAAGAUUGAAUGAAAUUGUUUUAAAAGCUUUUGAUGGUUCCAAGCGCAACCUCAUCAGAGAUAUUGAUCUACACAUCCACAUUAGACCUAAUGAUUUUGAAAUCACUUUUCAAAUAAUGGAUAUUUAUCCCGCUUAUAGCUGUCUGUUGGGAAGACUAUGGGUCCAUAGUGCUGGAGCUAUAACUUAUACUCUCCACCAAAUGCUGAAGUUUGUUGUGAAUGACAAGCUUAUAACUGUCUAUGGAGAGAAAACAAUAUUUGUUAGUCAAUUGUCAUCUGCUCCAAACGUCAAUGCUGAUAUUGAAGAAAUUGGGACUCAAUUCGAAGCCUUGGAAGUCGUCAACUCUGUGCAUGGUAAAAGAGAUGAUGCAUCCAUUUCUUCUUGGAAAGAUGCCCAAGAAGUGGUUGAACAAGGAUUAUACGAAGGUUGGGGACAUGUCAUCGAACUUCCUACCAACAGAACAAGAGUGGUCUAA